CGUUCACACCUACAGCCAGGCGUGGCUCCGGAUUCCACUUCCUUCUCACGCGCAUCAUUGAGUUUAACACAUCACCAGAAACUUAGGACACUUUAGCAGUGGUUGUUACUUGGUGUAACUGAACACAGAGAAGGAUCUACUUCAGUAUUAUGGCAGAUAAAGGAUCUUUUCUGACCUCAAUCAUCAUUUUCUACUUGUCCAUCGGAGCCGCGAUAUUUCAGAUCCUCGAGGAGCCGCAUUUAAAAGCAGCUCUGGACGAUUAUAAAAACCACACUGAACAUUUAUUACAGAAAUAUCCCUGCUUAAAAAAGGAUGAUUUGGACCUGAUAAUUGAGAUUGUGGCUGCGGCGGCUGGAAAAGGUGUGACUGUAACAGGAGAAAAAAAAAUCAACAAUUGGAGUUGGGAGAACGCAGUUAUUUUUGCUGCCACAGUCAUCACUACUAUAGGUUAUGGCAAUGUUGCACCGAAGACAUCUGGAGGCCGAUUAUUCUGUAUCCUGUAUGGGCUCUGUGGCAUUCCUCUUUGCCUCACCUGGAUAAGUGAAUUGGGUACAUUUUUUGGUGGCAGGGCAAAGCGCCUGAGUCAGGUGCUCCUCCACAGAAGAAAAAAAGUACAGUUCACCUGCACAGUUGUGUUCCUUUUAUGGGGUUUCCUGGUUCACUUGAUCUUCCCAGCUUUUGUAUUCAGUCACUUUGAGGACUGGACUUACUUAGAAGGCCUGUACUUCUCUUUUACCACCUUGACGACUGUUGGUUUUGGUGACUAUGUAGCAGGUGUGAACCCAGAUAAAGAUUACCCAACUCUCUACAAAUUCUUAGUGCAGUUAUGGAUCUGCCUGGGUCUUGCCUGGUUGUCACUUUUCUUCAGCUGGAAUGUGCAUAUGGUGGUCAAGGCUCAUAAAGUCCUGAAGAAAAGAAGGCUGAGACGCCACAGGCUGUCCAUCGAUGAUGUACUGGUAAAAAAAGAAGUAAAGAAAGCCCCAAAGCCAACACCUCUCUCUGGCGUCAUUGACAUCUUUGAGUUCAUGUCUGAGAAGGUCGAAGACUACAGCGACAUCAUCCAAGCCAUCGGCACAGGUAAGAGAAGGAAAAAAAAGCAGCAGGAGGAAGAACUGACACGGUCCAAGAGCUGUAGUGACCUAUUGCAUGGGCUGGUCAUCCCACUCGAUCACUCUCCUCGUCUGAAACGCCGCUUCAGCGUCAGCGUGAACAUGUGCACGGUCAUGUCUGGAGAGUCUACAGAUGGCCUCGACAACAACCAAGAGGAACAGGCACUUCUAAAAGAGCACCAAGGAGACAGUAAAAACAAGAGAGAAGAGAAGCCUGGACAUUGUGCAGGGGACUCCAGAAGAUCAUACCCAUCAUUCUUUCACCCCUCACGCCCUACCCUUACCACCAGCAACGGAGGAUCAAGAUUCUCAGUGUCCAAAGUAUCAGAAGACCAUUUGUCAAAGAGGAGAAAAAGCAUUAGCUGACAAAGUCUGAUCUACUAGAUCUAAAACCAAAAAUGACUUAAAAAAUUCAGCACUGCUUUAAAUCGUGAUUUUUCAGGACACUAUGGCUGUGGUGACACAAGGAGGACCAUGUGAAGAACUCUGAAGACAUUUCAAGACCAAAGAAUGUUGCUCUGAUAUGCGGAUGGGAGCUUUUUCUACCAAAAAUCAAGCUGCUAGAGUGUACACUGGUUUCCGCAGUAUUGAAAGACAUGUAGGUAUUACACAGGGUUGUGCAGCCAGUCUGUGACCAAGAUAAGGAUGUGAGGGUUAGCAGAGGAAAUGAAACCGAUUUCCUUACAGACAUUGGAAAGUUUGAGUGUGUUACUGUGGUUUCAAACAAGGUUGGAAUUUUUUUUUUUAUUCUCAAAAUGACAGCUAGGAGAAAUCUUGAGAUGUUUGGAAUGGAAUACUAGCUAUGAAUGCUAACUGUGCCGUACAAACUGAUUAAAGCACUAUUUUUAAAGUCGUCUUCUUGGAUGCAUCUUAAGCUCCAGCAAAGGAGUUGGAAUAAUAAUGACUGUUUUCAAAAAGGUUUCCCAAACAUUACCCUGGGGUUGAUCAGAUAACCAGAUUGUCCUUCCCUAAACUCACGCUAUUGGUUGAGCCGAUAUCGCUGUGUCACAAUGUUGAAACAACCAGAGCAAUGUUUUGAUACCAUCAGUGUUUUACACCAUGUUCAAUUUAAUAUUCAGUUGAUCGUGUGUGUACAUGUGUCUAUAUCCAUAUAUAGCUGGAAUGCAAGGUAAUUUAACAUUUAAAAUAACAUGCAUUACCUUUAAGUUGUACUGAGCCUGGAACAUCCCUUUGAAAACAAAUUGUGUAACAGUAUGAAAUGAUUGCUGUAAUGUUGACACAUGACCUAUUUUAUCUAGAAAUCAGUGAGUUUUAACCCAGUUGUUUAUGAGAAUAUUUUUUUUUUUUUUUUUUUUUUGCCAAUUUGGCACAAAAAUCAGCUGAUGUUGGCAGCUUGACCAAAUGACCAUUUAGAAAAGAGUUGAUAGUUUUUCCAGUUUGUUUCCAGUCAAACUGGAAAUUAAUGGUUAAGUUGCGGAAAACAUUGCAUUGUAGGACUCCAUGUCCUACACACUGCUUUUUGUUCUGAACAUUUUGACAAAUGUCGAGGGUGCAACAUGCCAAGGAGUAAUAUUGUAGAUUAAAUUCUGAGCAUAUCUUCUGUCUUGAAUGCUGUAACAGUUCUGUGACUGUUCUUAGGUUAACUUGCACUUGGGAAGCAUUUUAAGCAUUGUCCUGCUGAGGAAGCACUUACCCAGGCUUCCAGAAAAUUGCCUCCUCUUGAAAGAUUUGUGGAAGGAUGUGUAAUGGGACGUAACUUGAUCUCAUCACCUGAUUGAUAGAUUUUGCUGAAGAAUUUCUCUUUUUUUAUCAUUUGUAUAUAUAUUUUGUACUACGUUUUGUUUUCAAUGCCAUUUUUGGUAAUACUUUUUGUUUUUCUCAGAAUGACUCUAUCUGCUGUUGCUAAACCACAUCCGGUCUGUUGGCAGAAGUGGUGAAAUUAAACACGUCUGAGCAAACGA